AUGCCGUGGGAGCGACCGAGCAACGUACCUUAUCCGAAUGUUUGGUGGACUUUUGAUGCACCCGAUCCGGAUCGUGUGGAUGGUGCAUUGGUUACGUACCGAGUAGAGGAUUUGACGGAGGAUCGAUUCGAAGAUGCCAUCAAACUGUACACUGAAAAUUUUCUUGAUGACGAGCCACUUUGUGCGUAUGGCCGAGUUCGUCACAACCCACUAUCGUAUGAAGAAAUAGUUAAAUUCUGGAUGUACGUAUUUGCCGAGAAGAUGACCAUCGUAUGCUACAAAGAAGAUUCGAAAGAGUUGGUAGGCGCUAACCUGCUGUCAGUAAAGUUUGCCAACGAUAAAGUAGAUAUAUCUGAUCUGAUUAAAUCCGAAAGCAUGCAAAAAUUAGUUGCAGUCAAUGAAUAUAUGACUGACACAGUGAACCUUUUCGAGCGGUACGGUGUCGAUAGGUACCUGACGGCAUACGGCCUUAGUGUGAACAGUCGUUACCGGGGUCGAGGCAUUGCCACUGAGAUACUUAAAGCACGCAGACCGAUUUGCCGGGCGUUUGGUUUGCGACUAACGAGCACCAAUUUCACGGCGAUCGGUUCUCAAAUACCUGCUGCAAAGAUUGGCUUCCAAACGGAUCUGGAGAUGAAAUACGAUGAGUUUGUGAACGUUAAUCCGACGUAUACCUUUGAAGGCAUUAAAAGCAAAAGUCUCAAGCUGAUGAGCCUGCCGAUAGAGUAA